AUGUUUAUCCUGGGCUUCGCCGGCUGCAUCGGCGCGCUGAGGGAAAACACCUUCCUGCUCAAGUUUGUACGUCCACAAUUCUCUCACUCCCAGUUGGAUCCCAUAGACAUACACAUUUCUAUGUGUGUGUAUGUACAUCAUUUAUGUAUAUGUGCUAUGUAGAUGAUUGGCUCCCUCUUGAACUCCCACUCACUCCCCAGACUCAGCACCCGUACUUCCUGCGGCUAUGUCCAACAUGUUUAAUCCAUGAUGUGUAGCCUUUUUCUGGGGCUGGGAAACCAUCCCACCAUGUACUGUCUCAAACAUCAGUUAUUAUAGAACACUUCUGUCUAGUUGAUUAGUCAGGUGUGUUAGUGCUGGGCUAAAACAAAUAUGUGCACCACCUGCAGGUUGAUUCCCCAGGAAUGGAAUGAGAAACACAGGACAAAAUCAUCAGUACUAAAUCCUAGCUUUGUGUAUGAUUAUUUCCAUUUCCCCCUCUCUUUAUCCCACUGUUCCUGUGCUCCAGUUCUCUGUGUUCCUGGGGAUCAUCUUCUUCCUGGAGCUGACGGCUGGAGUAUUGGCCUUUGUCUUCAAGGACUGGAUCAAGGACCAGCUUAACUUCUUCAUCAACAACAACAUUCGGGCAUAUCGUGACGACAUCGACCUCCAGAACCUCAUAGACUUCACUCAGGAAUAUGUAAGCGUUUGAAGAUCAUUGUGUGUGUGUGUGUGUGUGUGUGUGUGUGUGUGUGUGUGUGUGUGUGUGUGUGUGUGUGUGUGUGUGUGUGUGUGUGUGUGUGUGUGUGUGUGUGUGUGUGUGUGUGUGUGUGUGUGUGUGUGUGUGUGUGUGUGUGUGUGUGUGUGUGUUUGUGUGUGUGUGUGUGUGUAAAUGAAAAUGUAGUUACUACAGAGGAGAAGCUCUGGUUUGAGUGAGGUGAAGAGUUGGUCAUGUAAGGUGCGGCGGUAGGAGCAUGUGUGUGUGUGGGCGUGUGAGAGAGCGAUAGAGCCUGGUUGCCCCACUCAUACUUCCCGAUGCCUUGGCAACGUAUACUAUGUUUCUAUAGCAACUAGGGAAUGCAGGGUGGCCUACAAUAGAUGGUGAUACUCCUCUGAUGUGUAGUGCUCUUAACAAUUUUCGUGAAAAGGAUAUUUUUAUCCACGACAUGAGAAUCUCCCAUAGUAUUUUCAAUAUUCCUCCCAAUCCAGGAAUGCGGUAAAUUUGCAAUUUGCAAUCUGCUAUAGCAUACAUACCACCCAGAACAAUAUGUUUAAAGGCCCAGUGCAGUCAAAAAUGAGAUUUUUCUGUGUUUUAUAUACAGCGCUUUCAGAAAGUAUUCAAGGUGGGAUUAAUUGUCCUGUUUUUGUCAACGAUCUACACAAAAUACUCUAAUGUCAAAGUGGAAGAAAAAUUCUAACAUUUCAAAAACAAUUAUGAAAAAUAAAACACUAAUAUAUUUUGAUUACAUAAGUAUUCAACCCCCUGAUUCAAUACGUUAGAAUCACCUUUGGCAGUGAUUACAGCUGUGAGACUUUCUGGGUAAGUCUUUAAGAGCUUUGCACACCUGGAUUGUACAAUAUUUGCACAUUAUUAUUUUUAAAAUUCUUCAAGUUCUGUCAAGUUGGUUGUUGAUCAUUGAUGGACAACCAUUUUCAAGUCUUGCCAUAGAUUUUCAAGCUGAUUUAAGUUAAAACUGUAACAAGGCCACUCAGGAACAUUCAACAUCAUAUUGGUAAGCAACUACAGUGUAUAUUUGGCCUUGUGUUUUAGGUUACUGCUGAAAGGUGAAUUUGUCUUCCAGUGUCUGUUGGAAAGCAGACUGAACCAGGUUUUUCUCUAGGAUUUUGCCUGUGCUUAUCUCUAUUCUGUUUCUUUUUAUCCUAAAACACUCCCUAGUCCUUUCCGAUGACAAGCAUACCGAUAACAUGAUGCAUCCACCACCAUGCUUGAAAAUAUAAAGAGUGUUACUCAGUGAUGUGUUGUAUUUGAUUUGCCCCAAACAUAAUGCUUUGUAUUCAGGACAUAAAGUUAAUUUCUUUGCCACAUUUUUUGCAGUUUUACUUUAGUGCCUUAUUGCAAACAGAAUGCAUGUUUUGGAAUAUUUUUAUUCUGUACAGGCUUCCUUCUUUUCACUCUGUCAUUUAGGUUAGUAUUGUGGAGUAACUACAAUGUUGUUGAUCCAUCCUCAGUUUUCUCCUAUCACAGCCAUUAAACUGUUUUAAAGUCACCAUUGGCCUCAUGGUGAAAUCCCUAAGCGGUUUCCUUCCUCUCCGGCAACUGAGUUAGGAAGGAUGCCUGUAUCUUUGUAUUGACUGGGUGUAUUGAUACACCAUCCAAAGUGUAAUUAAUAACUUCACCAUGCUCAAAGGGACAAUGGCAUUGGAAAACCUCCCUGGUAUUUGUGGUUGAAUCUAUGUUUGAAAUUCACUACUGGACUGAGGGACCUUACAGAUAAUUGUAUGUGUGAGGUACAGAGAUGAGGUAGUCAUUCAAAAAUCAUGUUAAACACUAUUAUUAUUGCACACAGAGUGAGUCCAUGCAACUUAUAAUGUGACUUAUUAAGCACAUUUCUACUCCUGAACUUAUUUAGGCUUACCAUAAAAAAGGGGUUGAAUACAUAUUGACUCAAGCCAUUUCAGCUUUUCAUUAUUUAUUAAUUUGUAAAGAUGUCUAAAAACAUUUUUCCACUUUGACAUUAUAGGGUAUUGUGUGUACACAAAAGCUUAAUUUAAUCAAUUUCCAACUCAGGCUGUAACACAACAAAAUGUGGAAAAAGUCAAGAGGUGUGAAUACUUUCUGAAGGCACUGUAUAUUUCCACACUAUGAGUUUGGAAUAAUUCUGUGAAGUUGUGAAAAUUAUGAUAAUGCCUUUUUAGUGUAAGAGCUGUUUGAAAAGACCACCUGAAAUUUCUGCCUGUUUUGGUGGGAUGUCGUUUUUGGCUGCCUUGUGGCAUCACAUUAUGGUGUCUGAACAUUAUAAGUGUUGUACCAAACGAGAGAGUUGUCUGAGCAUAUGAAACAAUAUUCUCUAUGGACACAAAGUUUGUUUGUUGACCGUGUAUUUGUUGCCAAUUAUGACUAGAUACACUCUUGGAUGACCACUCACAUAAAGACGAUGAUUUAGAGGCAAGAUCAAAAGAUCCAAAACUAGUGAUGUCCAGUUUUUAGAAAAGCACAGGGCAGACCUCCUCGCAGAUGCCCUGGUCUCACAAAAUUGGAUCAAUGAUGAGGCCUACACUAAGAUCCAGAAGGCCAAAACCAGCCAGGAUCAAAUGAGGGAGCUGUACUCUGCCCUGUCCAGUCCAACCCAGAAGGAGGCAUUUUAUGGGAUACUAAAGGAGAAAUAUCCUUGGCUUAUCAUGGAGAAAAACCCAGACCUGGUCAGGGAUGAUUACCAGGAACAGAGGAAGUCUGAGUUUUCCACAGUGCAAGAAAAUCACUCCUGCAUUGGAGAGACGUUGCUACUUGGGAAACGAUACACAAAGCGCUCAAUGGUCCAGAAACACAGAAACUAG